AUGAAGCCAUCAAGAUGUUCAACGAUGUGGAGCUGGUGUUGGAUGUGGCAUCGUGUGUGCAUCCACACUCCACUCUCCGCGUAUCAAUGCUUCUGGGCGUUUUCCUCCUCUCUACUUCCCCCUGCUCCCCCCUCGUCUUCUCCCCAUCUCCCCACAACCCCCACUCCCCCUCUCUCCUCCAUAGAUGUUCACAAUGUGAAGCUGGUCUUGGAUGUGGCAUCGUGUGUGCAUCCACUCUCCACCGUCCCCUUACCACUGCGUCUGGCCGUUUCCUUCUCUAUCCUACCCUCCUCUCCCCCUCCUCAGAUGUUCAACGAUGUGGAGCUGGUGCUGGAUGUGGCAUCAUGUGUGCACCUCGCCAUCAAGAUUCGAGCCAAGUACUGCAAGAAGAGUACCCGAUCAACUCGCGUGCAGCGCUAG